AUGCCUAGCCCGAUUGUAGGGACAUGGCACGCCAACGGUUUCUAUGGCAACUACAGAAGCAGAUGCAGGAGCGACUUCACCCAGGAGUAUCGCAAAGCAGCCCAGCCACAACCUCCUGAACUCUUCCUGAGGAGAAUGAAGGAAACUCCUUCAAAGCACAUAUUCUCUAAGCACGACAACAGGCACUCCUUCCCAGGAUCAGCUACAUAUUUUGAGAACGGCUUAGGAAGGAGGAGAAUAGAGGGAAGCCUUCCCGACACCAAGAACAUAAUUGACUGGGUUCCCUUGAAGGAGGAGUUAAGACGCGAGAGGCCCCUCAUCUCAAGCUACCAGUAUGACUUCCACCCCAGAGAAAAGGUCCCCCAGUUGUUAGUUCAUCACUCCUACAGGCAAGGGCAGCCCCUCCAACGCACACCCAGCACCACCUACCAGCACACGUACCGGAGCUACUGUUUGUAUGAACCCAACCUCAGGACAUUCAAGCAUGAGGUGGAUAAAAAUGCCGACCCCCUCAAGCCUGCCACCAGUGAGCCCACCAAGCCUGCCUCCAGUGAGCCCACCAAGCCUACCUCCAGUGAGCCCACCGCCCCUGCCUCCAGUGAGGCCGCCACCGUUCCAGGCUCAUGUGAGCCCACUGCAACAGAUACCAGCAAGACCCCAGAAGCCUUUGCUACAGGACCCAUUUAUGUGCGUCCUGCCACCUACAGGCCAACCCGGUGGACUGUCUCAGACUGUUUGCGCUGGCACAAUUGCUGA